AUGACCAUUGACGCCACCGUGCUUCAAUGGAUUUAUUCGACAAUUUCAAAUGAUCUGUUAAACACCAUCAUUGAACCAGACGCUACUGCCAUGGACGCUUGGGUUCGCUUGCGUGAUAUAUUCCAAGAUCAUCAAAACUCUCGUGCGGUGACUCUCGAACAAGAAUUCACGAUGACUCGUAUGGAGGAUUUUCCCAAUGCCUCCGCCUAUUGUCAACGUCUAAAGAGCCUUGCGGAUCAACUGAAAAACGUCGGGGCUCCCGUGACGAAUAGCUGCCUUGUCCUUCAACUGGUUUCGGGUCUCACUGAAGCGUACAAAGGGGUUGGGACACAAAUUCGCCAUGCUAAGCCUCUCCCACCAUUCACAGAGGCUCGAUCUUCCCUUGUUUUGGAGGAACGUGAACUUGCGGCAAUGGCGUCUCACGGGUCUGGUUCGGCUAUAGUAGCCGCGGUCGACGAUGCGGCACUGCCCUCUGAAAACACAAGCUCACGCCGAGGGAAAACAAAAAAUUCCCACCGCCAAAAUUCUGGGACUAGCCGAAAAAAUGGUUCUAGCCGCGGCUCAGGCAGCGGAAAAAUCACUGGCAGCAACGGCGGACGUGGUGGCCGUAGUAGCGGCAGUCCGCAGCCAGCGGGCUACUCUUCGCAGCAGUGGCUUGCCGGAUAG